GAUGCCACUCCGAGCCCUCUUCACCCCCAUCGCCUCGGUCCCGCGCGGCGCCGCCGCUGCCGCUCGCCGGAGCUCUCCUCCUCCUCAGCCUCGGCGCCGUUGCGGGGUGCCCCCUCUCCCACCGCGGCCUGUCCUUUCUUCGGUCACUACCCCUACGGCCUACCCUUCGUCUCCCUAUCUACCCACUCAAGUUUCUUGGUAGCUACUGUGGUGGAGGGUUCGGCAAGAGUGUUGUGCUGAUUUUUCUGCAGGAUCAGCAGGGUGGAUUUGGUUGCAGGGUUCAAACUGUGGGAAUGAGUUUGGCUUUCUUGAUUGCUCCUAACUGUGCAGUGCUACUAUUCAAGUUCUCAAUGACCUAGGAAGGAAUAACUAACUGCUAUAGAUGACUUUUGCCUUCUUGAAUUAUUUCGUAGAGUCUGUAUCCGAGUGUGCUUGAUCGAUUGGAUUCAAUCUAUGAACAUUGGCUAAUAGCAAGAAGAACUCCAACCUGAACUGUGCGUGCACUGUAAUUCUAAUGAGACAUCUGUCUAAAAUUGCUGCGAAAUUGCUAGUCACCAUCCAUAACUUUUGGAAAAUAAGAAUAGACUGUUGUGUUUCUUUUGGUGGAUUUGAACUGUUGUUUUUGGCUUUUUGCUGUUUCUGUGUGAGGGAGUAAUAUGAUGUUUACAAUGUCGUCAUCCCUAAGGAAGUUUUGGUCAGUGUGAUUUCGUUUAUGUAGAGUAGUCGGUAAUGAAUUACUGGUUUGGAAUUUUUUAAGUGUGAGAAGUCUCAGUUCUGUUCAAAUGGAGUCUGCUUCCACCACUGUCCCUUCCAUUGUUGUGUAUGUGACGGUUCCAAAUAAGGAAGCAGGUAAUUCACCUAUAUUCUUGCUGUGUUAUAUUUUUGUUGCACGUUACUUUCAGUGUUUCAGUAAUUGCAAACUAUCAGGCAUAUUUUUCUACUAGUAACUGUAGAGAACUAACUGGUUCUUAUUUCCACAUCUCAUCAUGUGUUUGAAUUGCUUUUCUUUUCUAAAAAUUCCAACUAUUGUUUUGUUCCAGCGUUCAUACUUUAGAUGGUUCUAUUUUCUGUUUUGAUACGUUUGAUCUCUUUCUUUACCAGCAUUAAAGCGAACGUUUUUUCUACAGGCAAGAAGCUAGCUGGAAGCAUUAUCAGUGAGAAGCUUGCUGCCUGUGUGAACAUAGUGCCUGGCAUUGAAUCUGUUUACUGGUGGGAGGGAAAGGUGCAAAGUGAUGCUGAAGAAUUGCUCAUCAUCAAGACAAGGGAAGCUCUUCUAGAACCCUUAACUGAACAUGUGAAAGCCAAUCAUGAGUAUGACAUUCCUGAAGUCAUCGCUCUGCCCAUUAAUGGAGGCAACCAAAAGUACCUAGAGUGGCUCAAGAAUAGCACUAGGGAAAACUGAUGUCUGGUGCGGCUUGUGCCUGCAUCUCGACGUGCCUUGUGAUAUCGAGGGAACGAGUAGUUUCAGAGGUUGUCGCAAAUUGCAUAAGUUGAAGUCGAGAGUGUGGGACAGACCCAUUGUACAUGAAAUCCUGUCGUUUCCGCCUGUAAUCACAUUUCGUUUCUGUCAGUUUAAUUGUUCAGAGGUACAUAUAUAUGUUUUUGGGACA